AUGAUCAGGAGCUCGUCAAUAUUUUUAACGCUAGGACGACUGGUCGGGGGAGGGACAGUUGGAAGGAGUGGGGGGAGAAUGGUACGACAGUUGAGUGGUAAUAGGCUGGCGGCUAAAGAUAUACAGCGCCAGGAGGAUGUAACACCAGGCCAAGGGGACGUACAACCGGACCAACAAGAAGCUUCAGCCAAGGAGAUAAAACCUCAAGGCGAGGGGUUGCAUCGAGCUCGUACAAACUUUAAUCACCCCCAAUAUUAUCCCACGCUUAGAAGCUUACCGUACCAUACCACCUUGCGAGUGCCUGAGUUCAUUCGUCAGUUCAAGGAGGUGGAUUUCUCCCACCAACCCCAUAAACGGAGCCCAGAGGUGGUGAACCUCAUGGGGAAGAUCGCUAAUGUGAGGAAAUCAGGUAAAUCCAUGUACUUCAUCGACCUAACUCAGGACGAGGCCACGGUACAAAUCAUGGCCACCAAUAAAUUGAUGGACCUAAAUGCUACCGAGUUCCACCACCAUCAUGGUGAUCUUCGUAAAGGUGACGGGGUGAGUUGUGUGGGGCAUGCUGCUGUCACCAAUACCGGCCAAUUGACACUAAAAUGCACUCAACCACUUCGAAUGUUAACACCGUGUCUCAAUUCCAUGAAGUUACCGGAGAAAUUGGUCGAUAGGAAGGUAAUUAACGGUAAUAAGGUACUAAACUACGUGAUAGAUGGCAAAGCUAGGGAGAAAAUCAUUCUUAGGUCGAGGUUAGUGACGUUAAUGAGAGAUUUCUUCAACCGGAGAUCGUUUUUAGAGGUAUCUACCCCUAUAAUGACGGGUCCAUCGACGGGAGCCAAUGCCAAACCAUUCAUUACACGUGCUAAUAGUAUCGAUAGUGACUUACAACUAAGAGUGGCACCAGAAUUAUGGUUGAAACGAUUGGUGGUGGCAGGAUUUGAUAAAGUUUAUGAGAUUGGAUCGAAUUUCCGUAACGAAGGGGUCGAUGGGACUCAUAAUCCUGAAUUUACCAGUUGUGAAUUCUAUUGUAGUUAUUUCCAAUUAGAAGAUUUGGUCGAUACCACGGAAGAUUUGGUCCAUUACCUCUACGGCGAAUUAUCGUCGGAAUUUGAUAUUUCGCAUUUAGAUGAUUUACAGGGGAAGUUCGACCGAUUUGAAUUUAUUCCUACCAUUGAGUCGCGAACGGGGGUGGAAUUACCGGUGACUUUAUCGUCGGAAAAUUUAAUAACUUACCAUGAAAAAAUUGGUUUAUCGCUACCGAAAAUUAAAUCCCCCGCCAGUUUAUUAGAUAAUUUGGCCGCCACUUAUCUUGAAUCCAUCAAUGCUGGUACUAAUAAACCGACGAUAAUUUAUAACCAUCCGGCAGUAUUAUCGCCGUUAUCCAAGUCCACCUUCAUUAAAUAUGGCCGCCGAGAAUACGAUAUCUCCUUGAGGUUUGAGAUGUUUAUUGAUGGUAAGGAAUAUGUUAAUGCUUAUGAAGAAGAGAAUAGUCCGUUUGAACAGUAUGAGAAGUUUAAGCUCCAACAAGCCAGUAAGGAGGAUUUCAAUGAUGAGGAAUCGUUGAUACCGGAUUGGAAUUAUAUUAAGGCGUUGGAGUAUGGAUUACCACCAACGGGAGGAUGGGGGUGUGGGAUCGAUAGGUUGGUGAUGUUGUUUAGUCGGAGUGAAAGGAUCGAGGAGGUUUUGAGUUUUGGGACGGUAGAGGAUGUUUUGAGGAACUAG